AUCGUGUCGCUCCUGGUCUUCCUGCUUCUUAGACCCCAGCGUUACUGAUCUCUGUUCUUCAACUCUCAGGCACGACAGCCGAACGGGCGGAACCGGCCCUGGGAUUGGCUGUUGUCGUCCGACCCCCUUCAUUGUUGUCCAUUCCCUUUCGCUGGCAUGAGCGUGCGCAAUGGGCCGGCCGUGGGGGGCGGGAAGUGCCUCGGAGCAGGGAAACCCAUGUCGGCCUUAAGGCGCUCGGGCUACGGCCCCAGUGAUGGUCCGUCUUAUGGCCGCUACUACGGGCCUGGGGGUGGAGAUGUGCCCGUGCACACACCUCCACCCUUAUAUCCUCCUCGCCCUGAACCUCCUCACCCUCCCAUUUCCUGGCGGGUGCGCGGCCCGGCUGAGACCACCUGGCCGGGAGAAGGCGGAGGAGGUGAUGGCUAUUAUCACUCUGGAGGCACCUGGACAGAGCCGGGUCGACCUGGAGGAAGCCACCAGGAGCAGUCACCAUAUCCUAGCUACAAUUCUAACUUCUGGAAUUCUCCCGCUCGACCUAGGGCUCCUUACCCAAGUACAUAUCCUGUAAGACCGGAAAUGCAAGGCCAGAGUUUGAAUUCUUAUACAAAUGGUGCAUAUGGCUCACCAUACCCCACUGGCCCUGGGGCAAAUACUGCCUCAUACACUGGGGCUUAUUACACACCUGGAUAUACUCAGACCAAUUACUCCACAGAGGUUCCAGGCACUUACCGCUCACCUGGCAACAGCCCAGCCCCAGUCUCUGCUUGGAUGUAUCCUCAGCAGGACUGCCAGACUGAAGCACCUCCUCUUAGGGGGCAGGUUUCAGGAUAUCCUACUUCACAGAACCCUGGAACAACCCUGCCCCAUUAUCCUUAUGGGGAUGGUAAUCGUAGUAUUCCACAACCAGGACCAUCUGUACGACCACAAGAGGACUCAUGGGCUUCUCCUGGUGCUUAUGGAAUGGGAACCCGUUAUCCCUGGCCUUCAGCUGCGCCCUCAGCACCACCUGGGAAUCUCUACCUGAGUGAAAGUACUUCAUCAUGGCCUACCAGUGGCUCUCCUCAGCCACCUUCUUCACCACCAGCCCAGCAGCCCAAGGAUUCCUCAUACCCCUAUAGCCAAUCAGAUCAAGGCAUGAACCGGCACAACUUUCCUUCCAAUGUCCAUCAGUAUGAGUCCUCGGGAACAAUGAACAGUGAUAAUUCAGAUCUUUUGGAUUCUCAAGUCCAAUAUAGUGCUGAGCCUCAGCUUUAUGGUAAUGCCACCAAUGAACAUGCCAGCAAUCAAGAGCAAAGUAAUAAUCUUCCUGAAGAGUGUUUAUCUUCAGAUGAAGAGAGCGAAAUGUCAUCAGUGGAAUCACACCAGGAACAGUUGCCUCACUCAGAUCCAACCCCAUCACCAAACUCAUGUAGUUCCUUUGAGCUAAUAGACAUGGAUACUAGCAGUUUGUAUGAACCAGUUUCUCCUCAUUGGUUUUAUUGUAAGAUAAUAGAUUCUAAGGAGACAUGGAUUCCUUUCAAUUCAGAGGAUUCACAGCUGCUGGAAGAGGCAUAUGGCUCUGGAAAAGAUUGUAAUGGGAGAGUUGUUCCCACCGAUGGGGGCAGAUAUGAUGUUCACUUAGGGGAGAGAAUGCGGUAUGCAGUAUACUGGGAUGAGCUAGCAUCAGAAGUAAGACGAUGUACCUGGUUUUACAAGGGAGACAAAGAUAAUAAGUAUGUUCCCUACCCGGAGAGCUUCAGCCAAGUAUUAGAGGAAACUUACAUGCUUGCUGUAACUCUGGAUGAAUGGAAAAAGAAACUGGAGUCUCCCAACAGAGAAAUUAUUAUAUUACACAAUCCAAAGCUUAUGGUGCAUUACCAGCCAGUUGCGGGGUCGGAUGAAUGGGGUUCAACACCCACUGAGCAAGGUCGACCAAGAACAGUGAAGAGAGGGGUUGAGAACAUCUCUGUUGACAUUCAUUGUGGGGAACCUUUACAAAUAGACCACUUGGUUUUUGUAGUCCAUGGGAUUGGACCAGCUUGUGAUCUCCGCUUUCGCAGCAUUGUACAAUGUGUUAAUGAUUUUCGCAGUGUUUCAUUGAAUCUGCUACAAACGCAUUUUAAGAAAGCCCAAGAAAAUCAGCAGAUUGGAAGGGUAGAAUUUCUUCCAGUGAAUUGGCACAGCCCUUUGCAUUCUACUGGUGUGGAUGUAGAUCUGCAGCGAAUAACCCUGCCUAGCAUUAACCGCUUAAGACACUUCACCAAUGACACAAUUCUGGAUGUCUUCUUCUACAAUAGCCCCACCUACUGUCAGACUAUUGUGGACACAGUUGCUUCUGAAAUGAACAGAAUAUAUACACUUUUUCUGCAGAGGAACCCUGAUUUCAAAGGGGGUGUAUCCAUUGCUGGUCAUAGUUUAGGUUCGCUUAUAUUGUUUGAUAUCCUAACAAAUCAGAAAGAUUCUUUGGGGGAUAUUGACAGUGAAAAGGACUUGCCAAAUAUCGUUAAGGAUCAAGGAGACACACCAACGCUAGAGGAAGAUCUGAAGAAACUUCAACUCUCUGAAUUCUUUAGUAUCUUUGAGAAGGAGAAAGUAGAUAAGGAAGCUCUGGCUUUAUGUACAGACAAAGAUCUUCAGGAAAUGGGAGUUCCCUUAGGACCAAGAAGGAAGAUAUUAAACUACUUUAGGACCAGAAAAAUUUCAAUGGGUAUUAAUAGACCAACUCUGCAAUCAGAUUCAGGGGUAAAUGUGUCUAAUAUCCCCAAAGAAUCAGAUUUCUGCAGUAGUUCUGACGGUACUGGAAAUAAUGACUAUCUGGAUGUUGGCAUUGGGCAGGUGUCUGUAAAAUACCCCCGGCUCAUCUAUAAACCAGAAAUAUUCUUUGCCUUUGGAUCUCCCAUUGGAAUGUUCCUCACCGUCCGAGGACUAAAAAGAAUUGAUCCCAACUACAAAUUUCCAACUUGCAAAGGUUUCUUCAAUAUUUAUCACCCUUUUGAUCCUGUGGCCUAUAGGAUUGAACCAAUGGUAGUUCCAGGAGUGGAAUUUGAGCCAAUGCUGAUCCCACAUCAUAAAGGCAGGAAGCGGAUGCACUUAGAACUGAGAGAGGGCUUAACCAGGAUGAGUAUGGACCUUAAGAACAACUUGCUAGGUUCACUGCGGAUGGCCUGGAAGUCUUUCACCAGAGCUCAAUACCCUGCUUUACAAGCUUCAGAAACUGCAGAGGAAACUGAAGCAGAACCUGAAUCAAGUUCAGAGAAACCUAGUGAUAUUAACACAGAAGAGACCUCUGUGGCAGUUAAAGAAGUCCCACCCAUCAAUGUAGGAAUGCUGAAUGGAGGCCAGCGCAUUGACUAUGUGCUACAGGAGAAGCCCAUUGAAAGUUUUAAUGAGUAUUUAUUUGCUUUACAAAGCCAUCUAUGCUACUGGGAGUCUGAAGAUACAGUAUUACUGGUCCUCAAAGAAAUCUACCAAACCCAGGGUAUUUUCCUUGAUCAGCCUUUACAGUAAAAAUGAAUCAUCUAUGGCCGGCUGCUUACUACAGACAUUGAGGGGUCCUUCCCCAGAAAAUCCACCUGGUUUGUUGCUGCAGUUUUCCUCUUCAGCUGCAUCACUUCUUGCAUGUUGGUUGCCCCUUACCAUUGGGGUCGUUGGAAGAUAAUCUUCCAUUUUGAAAGUGAGUGGAAAGCAAAGGGAAGACACCCUAUUAUUACUACUGGGUUCAUAUAAGCACUUGCCGUUUUUAUUUCAUAGAUGGGGGUGGUUUGCUCCUUUAAUUCUUUGAUGAUAGUAUAUAGGUAUCCUACUUUUUUGCUUAUUACAUGAGAUGGUAUAAAUUCUGUUUUGAGUUUGAUAUGUUUUAGGUUGGUAGAAUUUUUUUCUAGGAAAUGUUCUAGUUUGGAAAUAGACUUGAAAUUCAGAAGGCAUUUGGGGUACACUUAUCUCUCAUUAGUGGUCUCUGCAUUUGAAGGCUAAGUGGAUAUGGAAAAAAGUGUCAGGCAGUCAAAAUCUUUUGGGCUAUCUUUCUUACAAGUCCUAUAUGAAGUCUAAAAUGUAGCUUAAAAUAAGUAUAGUUUAUGCUCUACAGCUGACUGACAGAUUUGUUGCUAUGAAUCACUGUUGCUGUUUAUUGUUUUUACAGCCAUUUGAGCUUCUCUGAGAGUCUAAAGUGGACCAUUUAGUUCACAUUACAUGCAUCUUUAUAAAUCGAAGAUGUUAUAUCUCCUACACCUGCCCUUUGAUAUCAUACUUCAUAUUGGGAGACUAGAUGAAUAUCUGACUUAACUUUUGUUCUUUAAUUGAAGGUGAAGCUAUAAAGGCUGACAAACCUGAAAUUGCACAGCCUUGACAGACUGGUGCAUUUAUGGUGAAAUAGAAUUUAUGUAAGUCACCUGCCACAUCCACUUGGGUGAUGGUAGCAUUGUGUGUCCUCUUUAAAAACACUUUGUAAACAUCAUUGCCUUCUCAGGUACCCACAAUCCAGAAUGCUUAUUUAAAAGGCUCAUGGCAUAGGCAUUGUUGGUUGAGCAGGUAGGUUUGGCUGAGGGGAAAUUUUUCUUAUUCUGAAAGAAAAACAUAUGCCUGCAGGGGCCAAGGAACAGCUAUUGAAGAGUCAGUGUCUGAACAUACAAAGUGAGAUGUACCUUGAAGAAGGUGGGUGAAUAUAGACUAAUUUUUUUCCAAGGCAUCGGCUCACCACUGUGCUAGAGGUUAUUUUGUUUUUCAUUGGUCAGUUUGUUUUUGUCUUUGCAGUUUUCUUUGUGAUACACUCCUCUCAGAUUCCACAGCCCAUUGUUUAUAGUGAGGCAUAGCCAGGCAAGCUGUGUUGUUUUUUAUGUUUUUUGUAAAUGUAUCAUGGUGUCCAAAGCACUGGCAUUUAACAUUCACUUAAGCCAUCCCUUUCUGGAGAGAAAAGGGAAGGUUAAUUCUUACUUAGAGAUGGUAGAAGUAAGGUUGGGGUAUAGGUCAGAGCCUGGCCUUUCCUUGUCUGUCUGAUUAUCGACAAUUGCUGACUAAACCACUAAAAAGUUUCAGAUAUGUGGAAUAUUUUCUUUACUACAUAAAUUGAGUUUGAAGGGUUACUGAGAAUUAAGUAGCAUUCAAUAUAUAUUAAAGGGAAAGCUUUUGUCAAGUUGUUUUCAAAUUUAAGUUUACUUUUCAUAUUUAGCCAGAAUUGGUACUAUUUAGGAGUAACCAAAUGAUAAGCAAGAGUGAGUCCUUGUAACCAAAGAUGAACAGCAUAACUCUGGAUAGCUAGAUAAACCACUGCUAAGAAAUGUUUCUUUUCUGUGGUAUUAUCAUGGUUGUAUAUUACAUGGGUAAUAAGCUCGAUUUAAAUCCUUUAUUUAGUGGUAUAUCAUUUGCACUAUUUCAGUUGUAUCAUGUGCAAUCUGUUGACCAAGCCUAUUUUUAAACUCUGAUAGAGUAUCAUUUUAUACAUAUUCCCAACUGCAGAAUUGGUAUUGCUUAGCAAAAGAGAUUUGUUUGCAUGGAAAGAUUAAUAGCAUUGAUUAGCUUUCUAAUAUUUUGCACUUUUUGAAAUGUCUGUUUUUUUAUGUGAUUAUAUUUAAAACUCUAGUAAAUAUUGAAAUAAAACCACAUUGACCCAUCGCC